ACUUUGUACAUUCAACAGUGAAGUGUGGGCAUUCGCCAAACUCAUGCGCAAUAUCGUGAUCCGGGUGUAGCUUGCGAAUUUUUAUAUCAAUAAAAACAAUUACUUCCACGAACUAAAGUGCAUGUUGUGUAGUUUUCAAGUAUUACACAGUGUUGGAUUGCGGUGAAAGUAGAGUGGUUAACAUAACUUGGUGAUAAAAGUUUUUUUUUAUAAACUAUUUGCCUCUUGGAAAUUCAGCUCCGUACGUCAGACGAGAUGCCAGAACAUUUGGAAGCGUUAUAGAUUAAAUCAAUUAUGGGAAGUCCUAAGGUGUCGAACCUUCAACCGCAUUCACCAAUGGCUGACGACAAGAAAUCAAUAAAGAAUCUUCUCAAGAAACCCUUCCAGGCCCUAUUCCAGAAGAAAGACAAGGUCAAGCAAAAGAGAGAAGUACAAAAUGAGAUAACGACGAAACCGACAGAGAAAACCGCAGCACCGAUAUCAGUCCUACUUGACAAAUUCGAUAAACUAGAAAUAGAGAAGAAAGCCGAAAUAAAAGAAGAAGAAAAUGAAUUCGAUAACUUCUCUUAUAAGAUUAUAGAAGACGACAACAGAUCUGCUAGAAUAGAUUCACAUUCGUCUGAAGACAGUGGAUACGCGGAAAAAUUCUCAAUAGCAAACGAUUCAGAGGACGAACGAGAUGAACUGAAGCUCAUUGAUUCGUUGAAGAAUUUAAAAGUCGAUCCCGAUAAGAAAGUAAAAGAAGAUGACAAGAGGAAAAGGAAGUUGCAGACUGUUCUCGUGUCGAGAGGUCCGAUUAGGAAUCGGGCGGCGGAUUUUGGAACUUCGGUCCACCCAUACGGCCAGGAAGCAGCGGACAGCGUUUACAGACAGAUAAACCAGAUAAACAAACAGACGUUUUCGGGUGGACAAGUUAUAGUGAACGCUAAUGCGAGAAGCGAAAACUGUUCCGAAAUAGACCUUGCCCUCAAACAAAUCGAAAUAAACGUAAGAAAUUUCGCCCAAAACUCGCAACAGGAACAAGUUGAUCGUUGGCAAAUCGCUCAAGAAUUUAUUACGGAAAGUUCCAGAAACGUCGACGACAUUCUAUCAGAGUUCAUCGAUCAAGACGAUCAAAAUAUCUCCAAUCAAAUAACGAAUUAUGCUUCGAAUACUAAAAGCCCCACCCCUAAUCCGGUUGAGGAAUUCUCCACAGCAAACCAUACACACGACUACGAUAUCGAUCUAUCGAUAAUCGAUGGCGGGGAAUUGGAGAAACCAUCGAUAUUCCCAACUCCACCACGUUCCGAGAACGUCCCCAGCCCCAUGUCAGACUCUCACUCCUCUUUUAACCCCAUUAAUUCUGAUUACACACUUUCUCCCGAAACUUCAUCGCCAAUGUCGAACAGUGAUUAUGAAAAAUAUCAAGACAUAACACCGUUCGACGAGUACCCGAGCUGUAUCACAGAUAAUGUAGAAUUAGAUAAGGAUGUCACAGAUAAGAAAAAAGACAGGACGUUAACGUCAUCAAUGACAAUGAAGCAAUUCAAAGAUUUGCAGAAAGAGAUAGCGAAUAAUUAUUCGAAAAAGGAAUGCUGUCAAAUCAACAGAAGGCCGUGCAAGGAAAUAUUCACGGAAUAUUUGCAAAAGUUGGACAUCGAGGAGAGGAAGAAUAAUUGCCGGAAAAUAACGCAAUUAGAUUUGGAGAACUGUUAUGGAGUUCUGCAUUACGUUCUGUUAAACUUGUCAAACGAUAAAGAUGUCAAUUUGAAUAUGUCUCUAUUUAUGCUGAUCUGUGAGAAAGUCCUCGCUCUGAAGCCGAUGCUGUUUGUCGGUAAUUUUGGUUUAAGUCUUCUCAAAUCAGCUGUACUGAGAUGUAACACAAGGCCCCUCUUAACACGAUACUUGGUACAGUGCAUACGAACCGUAACGCGUACUUAUAAACCCGAAAACGACUACGUGUUCUCUGAGGUGGACGCACUGGGCGACAGCUUAGUAACGGCGUGCGCACGCGCUGGCGACGAGUGCGCGGACGUGCUCGCGGAGCUCGUGCGUCGCGAGGAUGGUGACCAGCCGCUGUUCAACGUGCAUCAAGCCAACACAGAUGGCUACACGGCGCUACACGUGUGCUGCGGCGAGCACAGCGCGCGUACGCCCCGAGCGCACGCACUGCACGUGCUCCUCAAGCACGCGGGCGCCGACCUGUGGCGCGGGGAUAUUAAAGGUGGGGACACCCCCCUCCAUCUAGCGGUCAACUCCGCCAACUGCGACCUCACAAUCAUAAUGAUACUGUUCCUGCAUAUCGACAGGAAGGAAUGGAGGAAACUGGCCCAUGUUCAGAAUCGAAGCUCCGUCAAUCCUUUGGAAUACGCCCGAUCAGCGAUGAAGUCCACAUCACGGCAAAACUAUCCCGUUGAAGUUCUAGAUUUUCUCAAGAAAUGCCGUUAAAAAUGAAUUUAUAACGAUAAAUAACUUUAAAAUAAAUAUUUUUUACGAAACUAAACUGUGUUUUUCAUAAAAUUAUAAGGAAUUUAGAAAUUAGAACGUCAAUAAAUUUAUGACAUCAAUGACAUUCGAAUUUAAGCAAAAUGGCGCGCUGUCAAUAUUUUUUCGUUAUUUUUUUUUUAUUAAAAUAAGAUUAAGGUAUAAUUAACAAAUUUAGAUUUUAGUUUCCUACGGAUAAGAUAUUUUAGUUUUUCUA